UAUGAGUAUCAUUCCGGGCGAGGAAACGAAGACUAGCAUUCUCAUGAGGUUCCAGACCCAAGAUACCAUGGAUCACUAGGAAGUGAUAUCUUGGCACGUUGAUCGUAACAUUUACCCCGAGUGACACUGAACAUGUCAUGAAGUAUAAUGUCGCAACGGCUUGGCCUUCUGUUUUUUCAAGUUAUCAAAGGAGAUUACUCUUUUUCUUCAGAUUUUCGGAGCAUGCCUCGAUUCGUUCCAAUUCUUAACACUGAUGCAGCAAAGAAUGGCACUAGUAAACAAUUUGCCAAGUGGAAGAAGGUUUUACCAAUUUGCCAGUGCUCGGGAAUCUGACACCGAAGCUUGAUGAUCUGCAACGGUGCGCUACAAUCGAGAUUAACGAGGCCGCCUGCUGAAACAUCUCCUCUCAGCUCUGAAGCUUACCACUGCGACACCAGAUUCUCCACCAUCUCAGUAACAACGGUACCCCAAAACCCACCACCUUCAUCUAUCCAGAUUCGUUUGAAAGAAAUGGAGGCGAUGGGGCCCACCACUGCCACUCGCCAUGUUCUGAGCUUCUGGCUUGACUGACGGACCCCUGGAAAUACAGAGUGGGAGGACGCAGCAGGACCCAGUGAGUGGGGUGCGAGGAGGAGUUCGACGGGGCAGUGGCUUUCCACCGAACGAUUCGACGGGCAGCGAGGUGGUGUCAGUCUCCUUGGAACCCCAUGGGGAAUUGGCCAAGUCCCGAAGAGUUGCAGGAAACUGCGCCUGGUCCACCGCCAUCGCUAUUGAUUGCGGGAGAUCGCUUUCCGCCUCCACCUCUCCCUCGCCCCGCAACCACUCUUCGCCUUUCCCCCGCUCUCUCCUCUUCCAAACCGUGCAUUACUUCCAAAUUUCGGUCUACAGACUAGGAAAUGCCCAUCUGCCGAGUCCAACGCUCUGCUUCUUCUGCUGUUUUUGUUUUUUUUGUUUUUUUUGUUUCCCUUCUCAUUUCAGCUCUUCUCGAAACCGCACGCAUGCUGGCUAUUGCCUUGCUUUCUCUCUCUGCCUCUUUCUUUGGGUUCCUUUUUAGUUCCCUUUAGUUCUCUUUGUGUAUGAACGUGAAGUGUUGAAGUUAGCAUUUCUUUGAGUACAGAGUGUUCAUCCAGCUUGUGUCUUCGAUUUUGACUUGUGGUUUAGCAAUGCAAUGCGAUGCUGGAAUUGGGCUGCAUCCCUAUAAGCGCGUCAUUAUUGUGGUGCAGUACAGUCUGCAUUAAGUUUUUGUGGCGUAAUGUCUUCAGUCUUACAGCUGUGGAACUUUAAUUGAGUUGCUAUACUGUUAGGUGUAUUUAGUUCAGCUAUGAUUGUUCAGUCGCAUGUGGCAUUGCAGCCUAGCAGCAGGAUAGCUUUCUCACGCGAGGUUUUGGGUGGCUAUGGUUGUUCGUUUGAGAGAAGCGGAGCAUUGUCGAUGGUGCGUAGGAGUGUGCAAAUGUGGGUUGUUAGCUUUCAAUGCAUUGCUUCGUGAAAGAAUUAGCUGGAACUAGCAUUUUUGACGCUUCUUCAGCACGAUGGUCGCUAGCUCCAUUGUCAUUGGAGACGAACAUGAACGGUUUGUUCUUCUUUGAACUCCAAGUCUCUAUUUCUCUACUCUUGGAUCAAAUGGCCCAGUAGCUACUUCGCGUACGUAUUCAAGUUAGUUCUCUGUCAUCGAAGCCCUUGCUGCGUUUCCUGUGAUGCUCUUGCAGUGUUCUAUUGAGGCAUUCCUCAUGUACUGUAGCCUUCAUACACAAGUGGUAACUAAUGUACAGACGCUGACACGGUUACGUCACCGUCUGUACUUGCAUUGUAAGCACACGUUAAAUUCAAUCCAUUUCGACAUAGUUUGCCCUGCAACCAUGAAAGAUUUUGCAAGGCAGGAAUACAGUGUGAAGGUAGAUAGGAAAGAUAUUAAUUGGAGUCGUUAUCUGUAGUCUUGUUGAUAGCGUAUCACUUCAGCUUCAUUUAUUUUCUUCUUUAUUCAUUUUUCCUUAGCCGCCUUGCAGAAACGUGUUUCAGAGACGGGCAUUCUUUCAGCUAAGUCGACACGCAGAGUAGUUUUAUGUUGCAACGGGUAGGACAGUGUCAGUGAACGAGCUAGCUGUAUUUUAUUUCAAAAUGCAAUCUAAUGGUAGUACCCUACAAGCGGAGACCAUCCUGAAAUGGCUGCAACAGGAAAUGGGAUAUCAGAAUCCACCCUCGGUAGACUCGCUGCGCAAAAUCUGUCGAGGAAAUAUGAUUCCAGUCUGGAAUUUUUUGCUAGAGAGAGUUAAGUCUGAGAAAACAAACGAAGCGAUUCGACGAAAUUUUGUUAUUCAUGGCACUACAAUCCCAUCGACAUCCAUUCCUAAGGAUGAGAUCCUAGAAGCAAAAGAUGGCGUCGCUGAUAGCAAGAAAGAGUUUCCAAAGGACCGGCCAAAGACUCCUAAAAAUGAUAGAGAGGUCUCCCGAAGAGAUGGCACUCCGGUUAAAAGUACAGUUGCCAGAGAGCGGAGGGGGAGGACACCAGCACGGAACUUAGCUAAGGAUUUGCCAGAAAAGGAGAAAGAAGUGGACAGAUUGCUACAGUCCGAAGGGGCGGAAGAUUCUCGAGAAAUGGCCAUGCGAGAUAGGGAUGUUGCAAUGGGGGAAGUGGGCAGAUUAAGAGUCGCAAUUGAGAGGCUGGUGAAGGAAAUCAAGUCUCGCAUGGCAGAUGUUACCAAGGAGGAAGGGGAACGGCAGCGAGUUUCGGAUGAUAGAUCCAAUUCCAGACACAAGCAGGUGUUGCUGGAAUCUUAUGAGCAUCGGGUUGAGCAGACAACUCGUAUUUUUACGGAGUACUCACGUCGACUUCAAGCAUACGUAGAGCAUGCUAGGGAGGCACAGAGAGGGAAAAAUGGAUCUCUUGAUUCAAGUGUGGACUUUAUGCCUGGGCCGUCGAAAUGUGGGCAGUCAGCUAAUCAGCUUCUGACCGAGACUCCACGAGAAAAGGCCGUCCGACAAGCCUGUGAAGCUCUUGCCGAAGAUCUAACUCACAAGAUAAGGACGACUUUUUCUGCUUAUGAUGGUGGGAGAGGUCACCCGGAUCAUACCCAGCUUGAAGUCGCGAAGCUUGGGUUCGAGGUGGAUGGGGACAGUAUACCCGAGGAGGUGCAAGAGACUGCACUUACGUUACUAAAGAGCCCUCCUUUACUUCUCCAGGCUUUAGCUGUAUACACCUCUCGAAUUGUUGCUGCUAUAUCUCGAGAAACUGAGGAGAUUGAUAUUCGAGCCGAUGCAGAGCGUCUCAGGUAUAGGUUUGAAAAUAACAGAGUUUUGGAGGACAUUUCUGCUGAGGUAGAUGAUUCACUGAUUGGGAGACGACGCAGUGACAGAGGUCCUAGCAAGAGUUCUUUUCGACAGCUCCGAGAAAGACAGAAAGCCCAUGUGCAGCAAUUUAUGGCAACCGAGGAUGCCUUGAAUCAGGUCGCUCAAGCCAGAAGAAUGACUGAUGAACUGAUACGGCGGAUACGUGGCACUGAUGCCGUGCCCUCCUUUACAAACUCAGAUGUACAAAACUCUGGCAGCUUGCGUCAACUUGAGCUGGAGGUCUGGGCCCGAGAGAGGGAGCUAGCAGGAAUGAGAGCAAGCGUAAACACUAUCAACUCUGAGGUUCAGCGCUUGCAAAAAAUGUGUGAGGAGCGGAGAGAUGCAGAGGAGUCUUUGCAGGAGAAAUGGAAAAGGAUUGAAGAGUUCGAUGCUAGACGUUUGGAGCUUGAAUCGAUUUAUACUGCUUUGCUGCGUGCAAACAUGGCAGCUGCCGCCUCAUGGGAGCAACAUACCAGGGGAAACAAAGAGCAAUCCGCCAAUACGAUUGUACCCAUCUGUGAAUCGACUCAGAACCAAGCAAGUGCUGCACGCGAUCUACUAGAGCGUGAAGUAGCAGCAUUCCAGCGGAUUCCCGACAAUCGACCCUACAUGAUGCCUGCUGCUCCUCAGGCUUUACUGGAUACAAGAGGAGUAGCCACAAAUGCUGGAACUGAAGCUGUUGUAGCUGCCGAAAGGCAUGCCGACAUGCUUACAGUAAGGGCUGGAGCCGGAGAUCCCUCUGCUGUUCCCACAAUCUGCCGUAUUUCAGCUGCCCUAAAAUAUACACCUGGAGCAGAUACUGUGGACCCUAGCUUAGCGUCGAUUUUGGAAUCUAUGCGAUUUUUCUUGCGGCCUGGAGGUUCACCGGGAACUGUUCUUGAAGAUCUUGCCAAAACUCUGAACAGAGUGCAAACACUUAGGGACUUAGUAGGCAACGGCCGCGGGCUGAUUGCAGAAGCUGAUGCAUCAAGACCAGAGUACGAGAGGACGGCUACACAUUGCACAGAGACAGCUAGAAAACAGGAGAAGGUGUCAUUAGAGGAAUGGCUUCCACAGCUCAAACUUGCAGUUCAAGACGCCCAGCAAUGCUUAGAAGAUUGCAAGCGUGUUCGAGGCCUAGUCGAUGAGUGGUGGGAGCAGCCAGCAGCUAGUGCUGUUGAUUGGAUUUUAGUGGAUGGGCAGAAUGUGGCUGCUUGGAUUGCUCAUGUGAAACAACUACAGACGACCUUCUAUGAGCAACAACUUUUGUAAUUUAUGCGCUACUUAAGGGAUCAGAAAACCCUCUUGUAACAAUAUUGUCACUACUGAGGGCCUGCCAUUUGAUAUUUUCCUUCUGCUUGGUGCUGGAAAACUACCAAGUAGGAUGGUGAAAAUACGGAUUGAAGUCUAAUCACUUGGCAGUCCAAUGUGAAUGCGUGUCUUUCACACUAUUCUCAGGUAGCGUUUACCUGUCACCAGGGCUUUACAGGAAGUUCUUGUCAUCAACCCAUCGUCAGUCGUUGAACUUAGAUCAAUAAGUACAAUCUGAGAGUUGCAUUAAAAUUUAA